AGUAAUUGGUAUUACAAAAUCUUUGUUGUAUUUUAUUUCAUUACCAAAGCCUUGGUACUUGGCCGGAAGUCUGGAAAAAUUAGACAGAAACAAAUUAUUCAGUAAGAAUGGAAGUAGUUUUCCUCCUUGCAAUUCCCAUUCCUCUGUUUCUGCUUAUCAUAUAUAAAACUUACUAUGCAUCCAAGUCACCUCUCCGUCCACCAGGUCCUCGUGGCCUUCCGUUGAUCGGAAACAUGCACCAGUUUGACCCCUCAAACACUCACCUCUAUUUGUACAAACUUUCUCAAAUUCACGGCCCUCUCAUUUCCUUACAGCUUGGCUCAGUUCGAGCACUAGUCGUCUCCUCUGUGACCGCUGCCACUGAAGUUUUCAGAUACAAUGAUCUAUGUUUUUCAAGUAGGCCAGCUUUAGUUGGCGCACAGAAGAUUUCUUAUAAAGGCCUGGAUCUUGUCUUUUCGCCUUAUAAUGACCACUGGAGGAAAACCAAAAAAAUAGCAACCCUGCAUCUGUUUAGUGCUAAAAGGACUCACUCGUUUCAAUCCGUACGUGAAGAAGAAGUUGCACGAAUGGUCAAAGCAGUUCGUGAUAAAAUUACUGCUUCUGAUGAUUCUAGUAUCGUAAAUCUGAGCAAAACGGUGAUAAGAUUGACAAGCUCGAUUAUCUUUAGAAUGACUUUCGGUAAAAGAUUCGAUGAUGGGGAAUAUGGCCAGGGGGAUGAUAAUAAAAUGAGUCGUAAAAUUCAGUGGCUACUUGCUGAAACUCAGGCCAAUUCUGUAAGUUUCUUUGUGACAAAUUUUUUUCCUCUAAUGGGUCGUUUGAUUGAUAGACUUAGUGGCGCAUACGCUCGGUUGGAGAAGAGCUUCAACGAAUUAGAUGCUUUUUAUCAACAAUUCAUCGAUGAAAAUCUGCAAGCAUCAACUGUCUCUGCCCCAGACAGUACAAUCCUCAACAUCUUACUUAAGAUGAAUAAGGAUUCAUCUGAGUUCACGUUUGACCACAUCAAGGCAAUAUUAAUGAAUUUUAUAGUUGCAGGGUCGGAUACAAGUGCAGCAGUUGUUGUUUGGGCCAUGACUUUGUUAGUGAAGAACCCGACAGCAAUGAAGAAAGUGCAAGACGAAGUUAGAGAGUUCACAGGAAAGAAAGGAUUUGUAGACGAAAAUGAUAUCCAAAACCUUGUUUAUCUUAAAGCGGUAGUGAAAGAGACAAUGAGAUUGAACCCACCUGCUCCACUUCUUGUGCCUCGUGAAACGACUGAAAAAUGCGUCAUAAGUGGCUAUGAGAUUGACGCUAAAACACUUGUAUACAUCAACGCGUAUGCUCUAGGAAGGGAUCCUGAAUUUUGGGUUAAUCCUGACAGUUUUUUACCUGAAAGAUUCUUGAAUAGUAGCACUGAUUUUAGAGGACAGGAUUACGAGUUCAUACCUUUUGGAGCUGGCCGGAGAAUGUGUCCAGGGUUGUUACUGGGAGUGAUUAUGACAGAGCUAGUGCUUACCAAUCUUCUUUACUCUUUUGACUGGGAGUUGCCUCCGGGUAUGGAAAUCACAGAUAUUGACAUGGCUAGCCAGCCUGGUACAACAAUGCACAAAAAGAAUCAUCUUAAUCUUGUACCAAAAUUUAUUAAUUAUCACUAGCCUAGUAGCCGUAUAUGUUUAUGUGUGUGUUUUGUGGUUCCAGCAUUAGUGUUUGUUGGAUCAUAUAAUGAUAUAAGUAUUCAAAUGUCAUAUACGCGGUUAUGAUAACUAUGUUAUUUGAAAUGUGUGAAUAAUAUUAUAAGAAUGAUAACUAUGUUGUAUAACAAAAUCUGAAUGUACCCUUAUUAUGUUCUUCGUUGAUGAACUUGCUCACGAGUAGAUUAAUGUUUUUGAAGGUUAUGAGGAGUUGACUGUUUUGUUUUGUGCA